GGUACAGUCGUACAGUCGUGACGUGGACCGUUGCCAUGGAGAGGCCCGCUCGGUAGGCACCGCGAGCUGGCGCCAGGAGCCGCAGGGUCGGAGCGUGGCUUUGAAGCCGCGACCGCCACCACCAUGAGCGGCCGAAGCCGGGGUCGAAAGUCCUCCCGCGCCAAAAGCCGGGGCAAAGGCCGCGCCAAAACCCGAGUCCGCGUUGCUCCUGACGACACCCCCCGCGACCCGGACCCACCACAGUGCCAGAGGCUCGGGGAGGAGACCCAGGCGGCACAGGUGCAGUCUGGCGCGGGUUGGGGUGGCCUGGAAACCGCUGCGCCCGCGCCGCUCCUCCGGCCCGGGGACGAGGCUGCCUGUCGGCUCCCCCUGGACUGUGGCCUCGCUCUCCGCGCCCGAGCCGCGGGGGACCGCGGGCAGGCCGCGACUAGGCCCGGGCCGGGGAAGACCACAUCUCUCUCGGAGCGCCUGGCGACAGACACUGUCUUCGUGGGAACUGUGGGGACCGUGGGAAGGCCCAAAAAUGCCCCCCGCGUUGGAAAUCGGCGUUGCCCUGCUGGGAAGAAGGCCCCAGAGAGCUGUAGUGCAGUGGGGAGGGGGCCUCAGGCCGUGGCCUGUGGGAGGCUGAAGAGAGGGAUGGCGGGGGAGGGUACCGCCGGCCCCGCGGGAGAGGAAAAUAGAGUAGAGAACGGUGCAGGGUCAGGGCUCCCUGCCACAGAAGGCAGCAUGGAUACUCUGGAGACCGUCCAGCUGAAGCUGGAGACCAUGAAUGCCCAGGCUGACAGGGCCUACCUUCGCCUCUCGCGCAAGUUUGGGCAGUUGCGAUUGCACCACUUAGAGCGCAGGAACCUCCUCAUCCAGAAUAUUCCCGGCUUCUGGGGGCAAGCUUUUCAGAACCACCCCCAGUUAUCAUCCUUCCUCAACAGCCAGGAUAAAGAGGUACUCGCCUACUUGAACAGCCUGGAGGUGGAAGAGCUUGGCCUCGCCAGAUUGGGCUACAAAAUAAAGUUUUACUUUGGCCGCAACCCCUAUUUCCAAAAUAAGGUGCUCAUUAAGGAAUAUGGGUGUGGCCCUUCGGGUCAGGUGGUGUCUCGUUCUACACCGAUCCAGUGGCUACCUGGGCAUGAUCUCCAGUCCCUAAGCCAAGGAAACCCAGAAAACAACCGUAGCUUCUUUGGGUGGUUUUCAAACCACAGCUCAAUUGAGUCUGACAAGAUUGUGGAGAUAAUCAACGAGGAACUGUGGCCCAAUCCCCUGCAGUACUACCUUUUGAGUGAAGGGGCCCGUGGAGAGAAAGGAAAAGAAAAGGAGGGGAGGCAAGGUCCAGCAAAGCAGCCAGUGGAGACCCCUGAGCCUGGGGUAAACCAGUCUAACUGAUUCUGCACAAGUCUCUACUACCUCCUGCUGGACUGUUCGUGGCUGACAACAUGUGUGUUUGGCUGUCUGCGUUCUUUUCAUGUUGGCCUCUGUGCACUGUAGCCCCUUUAGGACUUCAGCUACAAGAAUAUGGCAUUUAUGAUCAUGUUCUUUUGCCUCCCCAUGGCCUUCUUUUUUAUAUUAGUGUCACAUGUUAUGUGAUCUCACACCUACUGUUUAUAUGUUAAACACAUACUUCAGAUGUGUGCUGCCUUUAUCUACAUUGCCUGGACCCUGUUCUUGGCUCUGGCCUUUCCCACUUGUCUUUAACAUGGACACUCAUGAGUCAUCCUCCAGGAGGACCACUGCAUCCUCAAGCUCUGCUACUUCAGGCCCAGCGAGUUGCUGGACUUCCUGUUCAUGCUGGCCAUGCAUGUCAUCUAUGGCAAGCAUUUCUGUUGCCACUGCAAAAUGAAGCCAGUGCGAAUGGCAUUGGCCAUCAGCCAGAACUUACUGUUUCAUGGGCCUGGGGUCACCAGCCAAGAUGUCACCUCCUUUAUCUCUGGCUUUGUCUUGGGGUCCAUGCUACCCACCCUGGUGGACAUCCAGCAUAAUGGCACUUGACUGUUGGGCAUGCAUUUGACUAAGGGCAAGAAACAGUAUGCCAUGUGUUCGGUACCAUCAUGAGUCUCUUCUUGCCUCUGGGCCCUCCUACUGGUGAACUUACAUCAAGGUCCACUCUAUGCCAAGCCCCCUUACUGUCAGGCCAUUGAGUUUUGUCUAGGUUGCUAUCAGCCCCAGUUGGUUUCCUGGUCAACAAGGACCUCAAGAACUGCCAGUGGACUCAGGACCCCUGCCAGUGCACGAGACACACACCUACCCUCCCUAGCCUUCCAGGAACCCUCCUGGCUGCUAGACUGAAGGGCGGGCUGGUAUGUGCGGAUGUGCUCACUGUCACUAUGUUGUGGCUUCAGGUAUGGCCUUGUUUAUGUGGAAGAUUAAUGCUAUAUGCUGCUUAUUUCGCCUCUAAAAUCUUACCAUUUUCCCCAAAUGGAAAAAUAGAGCUUUACAAGUCUGCUAUUAUGUUUUGUGUUUUGUUUUAAACUUUUUUGCUCUUUAUUAUGGACAUUUUCAGACAUGCACAGAAGUGGAGAGGAUGGUCCCUGGGCCCCAUGUCCAUAUCACCUAGCUGCAUCAAUUAUCAAUUAUGAUCGAUCUGGUUUCAUCUGUAUUUCCCUCUUCCCACCUGUAUUGUUUAUGGAAAGUCCAAGACCCUGUACCAAUGCAACCGUAACUACUUUGGGAGAUUAGUACUCUCUUUUGAUGGUGAUAGUGGUGGAGUGUGCUGUCAUUAUCACAUCAAGUCUACUUUUUCCUUUUAAUGUUAACUAAUGAAGUUCCAGAGAUGGGCCUUAGAAAAGAAAGUCUUCAGAAUUAACAAGGAGUCUCCAAAAGAGACAAGGGGGAUGUUCCCUUUCCCCUGCAUCCACAAAAGGAGAGAGAGCCUGUUCUGUUGUAAAACUCUUUCAAAGACUCUGAUAUGAUAAGGUACUGAAUUGAGACCCUUCACCAGAAUAUCAGUCUUUUUUCCCCUAUGUAACAUGAAGACUUUGUGUGACUGUUAUGAUUGUUAUCAGCUUAUCCUAUUCUCAUAAUAUAACUGGUCUUGGAAGUAUAAUUUGGAAAUUGUUGCUAUGUUCUGUGAAAAUAGCCUCCCAAAAGUAAUCAGUAACUGGUUGUCAUACUUGAUAAUUUGACACCCUGGUAAUAAUACAAUUAUUUCUGUGUUCCUGAAAAAUAUAAAUAGUUGUAAGCUUGCAUGCAUGAUGGAAAAAUAAAAACCUGUAUCUGUUA